CUGAAAAAACGCGCAGUUCGUUAAAAAGCUACUUUCGCACGUCCGAAACAGCUGUCGGGUCUAUUAAGUCUAAUAUAAGCUUUGGUUUCCAGUCAGCGCACAAAGCCUUAGUUCUCGAUUUAACAAGCGACUGGUGUUAUUUCUUGGUCAGAGGUGCUACUUAAACAGUGCCACACGCCCCGCGGUUAAACUGACCUCGGCGAGCCACAAGCAAAUGAGCAAAAGGCUAAUGUUUACUUGGUCACCAAACACAAAUAAUUUAAAAGUUCAAUUUUUUGUGGAGCCCUUGGUUUUCGCUUCCGCAUUGACAAGUGAAGGCACGACCAAUAUACAGCAAGAUGAGCACUGUACUGGGAGAAACCUCGACGCCGAGUUCCUUACUUAACUUUGUCAGCAUGGCCACUAGCAACCUUAAAUUCGCCCUGGAGAAGCCCGUUAAACCAAAAAGAAAAGUAAACCACAGAAAAUAUCUACAACGCCAACUGAAAGGACGUGGAGUAUCUUAUAAAAUGUCAUCCGAAAGUUCUUGGCGUAGCCAAGAACAGUUACUUGAUCACGUCUUCAUCGCAGCUGAACAGGAAAACGAUGUCGCGCUCACGGCGACGAAGACUGCACCGAGUAAAAACCGUGCCGAAAACGUUGAGGGCCAAAAAAAUAACGCACUUGGGGUUAUUCAGAACAAGCCCGAGCAAAAAAAAGAAAAGACUUUAGAAAUUUCGAGGAAUCAAGAAAUCAACGAGCGAAAGAGUACCCAGUCAUCGCUUUUUACUUCACCCCAGCCACCACUUCGAAAACGAAAGCUUCCCGACUCGUUUUGGAGCGAACCAUCAAAAACACCGCGACAGCCGCAUCAAAACACUCGUCACUCCUCAGCAAAUUUUCCUGGAAGCGAUCUUCAACGCACUGACUUUGAAAUUUUGCACUGGCUUCGCCCUGAACUUGAUGAUUUUAUAGAGCGCUGGUCGGAGGAAAGCGAGUGUGCUUCAAAUAAUUCUAGCCGUCCAGCUAGCCUAUCUGACAACACAUCAACCGCCGAUCCGUAUUCACCGUCUUCCGAAACAUCCGAUAAUGUCGUUAUGGACGAAUUUUUUGAGCAGCGUGUUCCAUUUUCGUUCGAUGCUUCUACUAGAGGUAAUACUUCUAUUUUAAACGUACAACCACCGAGAAACUGCAUCUUUCACAAUACAGACAGUACCAUGAGCGGUAACUUAUGGCAAGAUUAUGGCCUUAAACAUACGACCAACGCAUCAACUUACUUUAAUGGAUAUUACAAUUUUUCGGAGCCCACGUGGAACACCGUCCAAGCUCAAGGAAAUUAUUUUGGCAGUGGAUAUACUGUAUUAUCCUAAGUGUAAAUUAAGCGAACGAAUGAUCAACUAGAAACAGUAGUGAAUUUUUAUAAUAAAUUCAACACGCCAAUUUUUGAAUUUGGCAAACUGUUGCAAAGGAUUUAAUUUCGUUCGGAUCACAAGUGUCUUAGAAAACGUCACAAAAGUGACUUAAAAAAUCAUAGACAUUGCUGAAAGAUUUAAACGUGAGCUUUGUUGUCAAAUUGAACUUCUAACUUCAUGGAAAGCCCUUCAGAUGUCAAGAAACUGACGUAUUAAAACCUCUGUAUUUACGCAUUAGAUGUAAAAUAAUUUUAACAUACGGCAAAGGUGAUACCUUAAAUAAUUUGUCGACUGAUCUCUUGCUCAUGUUCAGCACGAAAAACGAAAAUUAACUUGGAAGGCAGAUUAAGUUUGCCUUUCAUAUAUAAUCCUCCAUAACCGAAUUCACCCUAUAACACGUACGCUUCAUAACCACAUGUCGACGGAG